AUGGUCCUGACCUUUGGUCUCUUGGUGGUGUGCAUGGGACUGAUGCCGACUCACGUGUACGGCGACGGUGACUGUGAUGGAAACAUUAAAAAGCCGGCUUGCUGUUGUGUGGGUUGGCCGCUGUACCGAUGUGACAGCGAUAUCUGGCCCACUGUCAACAUCUACGGGGCAGUGAUCUACGGUCACGGCUAUAAACAUAAUGCUAAAAUCAUGGAAACCCAUGUUGAAGAAUUCAAGGAUUACACGAAACAAGAGGAACAAAGAAAGCGGGUGAAAGAGAAGACGGGCAGCAUACAGACAACGCUAACUGCAUUCCCGAAGAGCGGAGAUUCAUAUCGCCCCGGCGAACCACGGUAUAACUUGAUUCUGCGCGAGACUGCCCUGUUGAUUGCGGAAACGACGGCGCCCUUCAGUUAUGUUGAGCAGAAGCGGUUUCGAAAAUACUCCAAAACCCUGGAUCCUCGCUGCCCGAACAUCGGGCGUAAACGGUUGAUGACGGAGAUGAAUGGGGUCUGGAGUGACAUCAGAGCAAAGAUGCAGUCUGAGCUGGACGGUGCAGGUCUUAUCGCGUUAAGCACGGAUAUUUGGACAAAAAAAGGAAUGACGGAGUCAUUUUUGGGGUUAAAUGCUCACUAUGUCGAUGCGGCUACUAGAGAGACGCGGAGUUGUACACUCGCCUGUCGAAGUUUCCCUUCCCCGCACACCGCAGAGAAGGUUUAUGUCCUUGUGAAGGAGAUAUUGGAUGAGUGGAAGAUAUCGCCAGACCGCAUUAUUGCUAUUUUAACUGACAACGGCUCCAAUAUGGUAUGCGCGUUCAAGAAUUUUAUCAGUGCGAAACUAACCAUUCGUGAUGAGGAAGAAUUCCCCAGUGAAGAAACAGACGAAAUGUAUAUGUUAAGCACAAGCGAUCCCUUACUUGACGAUGCAGCCGUGGACAACGACAGCCAGCAGUUUCUGGAUUUCGAGGACAACGAGGACAGAUUGUACACGGAUUACAAUCGCCACCCGUGUUUCAUCCAUACGCUGCAGCUUGUUGUGCGGAUUUUUGAGAAAGCAGUAGAAGUAAAGCCCCUGAUGAAAAAAGUUCGCUUCCUUGUCUCCGCUUUUAAUAAGUCGGCCAAUGCUACUACUGCACUGAUUCGCACUGGAAAGCGUAAACUGAUAUGUGACGUGUCUACACGCUGGAAUUCGACUUUGUUGAUGGUUCGACGCCUACUUGAGCUGAAAGAUUGCGUGCGAAAAGUUAUUGUUGAUGCGAACCUUAAAGUAUCCGACCUGUCUCCACUGGAAUGGAAAAUUUUAGAAGGAGUCGAUCUUCUACUUGGAAAGUUUGACACUAUUACUGAUAAAAUGAGUUCCGAAAAGUCUGCGACAAUCCACAUGAUUCUGCCGUACGUGAAGGAGAUUAACUACCAUUUGGAGAAUCAGUCGGCUCUUGACGUGUAUCUGGAUCUUAAUUCGUACGGUGCGGAAUUAGUUUUCGCGGAAGUGGUUGCAAAAAUGAAGGAGCAAAUGGCUGCGCGAUUCGCUUAUGUUGUGGAUGCAGCUGACUCUAAAUACAAAGCCAUCUACCUCGCAGCAAACUUUUUACAUGUAUGGUUUAAAGACUAUUUGACUGUCCAAGAGAUUAAAGCGGCGCGGGACGAACUUACAAGAUUAUUCCUGGUGCGACAAAAGGCUUGCCCAAAUACAGCCGAGGAAAGUUUAGCUGUUACAACGUCUGCCGAAACGGAAAUUAGCUCUGCGCCACUGAAGAAAACGAAGAUCUGCGAACUGUCUUACCUGACCGGAAUUACGCCGCGGUGUGCACCUAAUGUAGCGGAAAGUCUAAGUGGUACCGCGUUAUUGUCGAAAGAACUGGAUACGUACUGUAGUGUUUCGGCUUCUUCGGACAUUAACCAUGAGUACGACCCAAGAAUGUACUGGAUGCAAAACGGAGCACUGUUUCCGCUGCUGAGUUUAUUGGCGCUGGAUAUUCUCGCUAUAGGAAGCAGCACAGCAGAUGUAGAGCGGCUAUUUUCCGCUGCGGGUCACACGAGCAGUGGCCGAAGAAACCGCGUUAGUGGAUCACGAUUGGAAAUGCAAGUUUUUGUGAAAAAAAAUAUGCGUUAUAUUGAGUCUUUGUCAGAUGAAUGA